AUUCGAUUCCAUUGCCACUAUUCUACCUUUUUUUUAAGCAUAAACCCUAGUUGAAUUUGUGAAGAAAAUUUGAGAAAAAAUCAAAUUUUGAGCAAAUCCCAGAUUACAAGAUUUGAAAAAAAAGAUGGUGGGUACAAAUUUGAAAGCAGAAACUAUGAAGUUAAUGGAUGAAAGAACCAAUACUGAAACUGAAAUGGAUGUUAUUAUUCAGCGCCUUUGCCAACCUGGUGGCCCUGGACUUUCAGGAAACCUUGUUGAUUCUGAGGGGUUCCCAAGAACUGAUAUUGAUAUUCCCACUGUGCGUGCUGACCGGCGUAGGCUAGCUGAGCUGCGUAAUGAUCACAAGAUUAUAACAGAAAAAAUAGACCAAAAUAUUCAAGUUCUGCAUUCGGCACGGCUUGCUUCUACACCUUCUGUCAAAGAUUCAGAUGCUGCUGCUGGUUUAGGUGUUCAAGGAUCUGCUGUCAAUAGUGGUUCCUCAUCAUUUCCGGGCAAUUACUCUGUGACAGCUGCUACAAGUGCCGCCAUGGACAUAGAUGUAGUUUUCAGCAGACCCUUUGCAGUGAUUGAUGAAAUAACCGAGGCAUCUCCAGCUGCAGAGGACGGUUUACAACUUGGAGAUCAGGUUGUGAGAUUUGGGAAUGUCCAGUCAGGUGAGAAUCUGUUACAACGACUUGCUGCUGAAGCACAGUCAAACCAGGGUUGUGCAGUUACCAUGACAGUUCUGAGGCAAGGUGCUAUGACUAACGUACAAGUGACACCACGAGUGUGGCAGGGUCGCGGCCUGCUUGGAUGCAAUUUUCGGAUCUUAUGAUGAGUUUGUCAAUGGUAUGUCACAAAAGAGUUGAUAUGAAGGAAGGAUUCAUCCGCGUCUUCUUAAACCUCAUGUAUUUUCUGUUGUUCUUAUAUUGAACGAACACAACAUGUUUUCUGGAUUCAUCGAUCGCAAUCAAAUGGAUGUUUUGUAUUUUCCCUCAUUUAGUUGCUUCAUAUGAGUUCCUUUAUCA